AUGGGAUGCGUCCAUGCCCGCGAGCGGGGUGUGGAAUGCAGUGGCGGACAGCACUGUUGGCUUUGUCGAUGCGUGAGACGAUGUCUGAUGGGUGAUGUGUGGUCGGUGGGUGUGGUGUUGGACUAUGUAAUGUUGUAUGAUGCAAACGUUGUAAUGGGGUUCAUUAGAGUCGGAGCCGCAGUUGUGUUGAGAUGGGCUGGGGAUGGGCCGAGCGGCCUUGAGCGAACCCUGAAAUGGACGUGGAGUGAUAGGGUGGGGGUUAGGUCUCCUUGUGGUGCAUUUCACCUGGGUGGAAGGCCUAAAGUGGUGCGGCGGUGA